UGUUGCCUCGGAACCGCGAAGCGGUCUUCUGUAACGGAAGCAACACACACCUCUCACACAGAGGAUUAUAAAGUCAGCGUCCUGCCAUAUGCUUCAAGCCCCUUGACCCGCACGACUUCGAAACUCGGGGAGUGGACAAGGGAAGCGCUUUGAGAGGGAUUUCUGAAAGUAUGAAGAAAGCAAAUGAAUCAUUUAUUGUACCUUUCAAAAAUGAAAAAGAUGUCUCACCGGAAAAUACAAGCAUUCAAGAAGCAUUUGAGAAGUUCAGAAAACAACAUCAGAUAUGCUGGCUAUUUAAGAUGGCAACCAGGGAGCGCAUCUUCACAAAAAGUGUUAUGAGAAUCUUGAACAAACUACUGAGUCAUGUAGCUGAGAUGACAACCAUGACAACUUCUAAGCAACAUCUGAGAGCACUGAGGUGGAUGAGAGAGAAGGCGCAGAGUCCACAGCAAAGCUCAGACCACCACUGGCAACUGCGCAUGAAGUUCCUGAAUCAGGCGAAGCAGUACAUUGGGACCCCCUACAGCAGGAGACACUACCAGCCAGACGGUGCUGACCAAGAGCAGCCUAUACUAUUCCUCGACUGCUGUGGAUUGGUGCGGAGGGUCCUGCAAGACCUCAAAGAUGAUUUUGGUUUUGUCAUCGGUCCUGGAAAUCAAGCCUACCAGUAUGACACCCUGCCCAUUUCGUUAAGCGCCGAGGAGGACAUGCAGCCGGGAGAUCUAGUCUUUGUCUCAGGCACUUACUUCGACCCACAAAAGAAGCGGCAGAUCCACAACAUGGUGCACGUUGAAAUCUGGAUGGGGGACGGAUGGCGCACCCUAGGAGCUCGCUGGCAGAGGGGCCGAGUGCAAGUCUUUGACUCCUACCAGUUCAUCUCCAGAUCCUACGGGGACAUGAAGUACCAUUUCAAGUCCAUCGAGACUUGGCUGCAAGGCGUCUGCAUGAGCCACUGCAGCGAGCACAAGUGGGGUGGUCCGAGCAACCUGUUGAGUCCCAAAUCCAUCUUCUACCAGGAGGAGUCCCAGCAAAUCUCCACGGGGGAGGCAGCCACCAAUGACAGAGGAGCCGACCGAAGUACUAUGCGUGUCAGGAGUGGAGACAACACCCAAGACGGAGACAAGUUGGAGCCCUCAGAGGGCAAUGAGCUGGAGACCAAAUCCAACGUGCACAGUCAAACAGUUAUCGAUGCCAAAUGUUUGAAGAGCGGUGACACUCAUUUAGCAAAAGAUGCUGUGGGCAGGGAAGGCCCGAGUGCUUCAGACAGUCCUGAGCAGGCGGCAUGCGAGGCAGAGGCCAACGUGGAGGCAGACGUCCAGGAUGAUGUAGGGGAGCCAAAGGCAGACAGGAAAGAGGAAGGCAUGAAAAAACGAACUCAGGCUAAUCGUAAAGGAGAAUCCAAAACCCAAGAGGGGAACUCUAGGCGAGGGGAGAAGGCACCGAGAGAGAGGAAGGAGACGGAGCAUCAUCCUCUGGGGAAGGAAGAUUUGCAGUCUGAUUGGAGCAAGUGCUGGCCCACUCGGUGUGUGUGUGAGAGGAGUUUGCAUUGCAGGUGCCCGCCUAUCACAGCAUUUGAGCGAGAGAAGAAGCACGAGGAGCCCAAAGGACCCGGCCCGUUCUUUUUUAUAGGAGGCCGAAAUGGAGCUGAACUGGUGAGCAACUACUGUCUGAGGAAAGGAUGGCAGCGUAUCCAUGACAAAAAUCGAGAUGAUUAUAAACUCAAAUGGUGUGAAGCCAAAUCCCAAUCGACAUACAACAGUUUCCGUGAAGGAGAGCAGCUUGUCUACCAAAUCCCCAACAACAAGCUCCUGACCACCAAGAUCGGCCUCUUGAGCAGCCUGCGGGAGUACGAGCGGGUCAAGGGCAAGAUGCAGAGCACUACAGGCAGGAUUUUAAAAAUGGAUAACUUUUUUCCUGACACGUUUCGCAUGGACCUCAAAGAAGAAAAAGAGAUGUUUUUUGCCAGGUAUCGAGAUGGCCAGGUCUGGAUCUGUAAGCCCACUGGACUAAAUCAGGGUCGUGGCAUCUUCCUUUUGAAGACAUCUGGUGACGUGGAUGCCUUUCGAGAAAAGCUCCAGAACAUUGAAAAUGAUCCUGUCUACAAAAAGCAACCCUUCAGGUUUCCUCAGGCAAGAAUUGUCCAAAGAUACAUCCGGAAUCCCCUUCUCCUGGAGGGCAGGAAGUUUGACAUCCGCUCUUAUUUCCUCAUUGCCAGCACCAUUCCUUACAUGGUCUUCUUUCGUCAUGGCUAUGUCCGCCUGACUUGCGACAUGUAUGAUGUCGAGUCUGAUGAUCUCACAUCUCACUUGACCAAUCAGUACAUGCAGAAGAAGAAUCCUCUCUAUAAUGAGCUGAAGGAAGAGACGGUGUGGUCCAUGGAGCGCUUCAAUGACUACGUUAAUGAGAAGUUACGGGUUGCCAAUGCACUCCCCAAGGACUGGGUCCUCACUGUUUUCACGAAACAAAUGCAGGACAUCAUGAUGCAGUGCUUCCUAGCGGUGAAGUCCAAGCUGCAGUGCAAACUGGGCUACUUCGACCUCAUUGGCUGUGACUUCAUGAUUGAUGAAAACUUUAAGGUUUGGUUCUUGGAGAUGAACUGCAAUCCAGCCCUUCAUACCAACUGUGAAGUCCUCAAAGAUGUGGUGCCAAGUGUAAUCAAUGAAACGUUAGAUCUAACUCUUGAGAUUUUUAACAAGAGUCGUAAGUGCCAGCCCAUCCUGCCUCUAGAAACCCAGGCUGACUUUGUCCUUCUGUUUAAUGGAGAACUCCAUGAGACUCUCACUGCACUGAGACGGAGCAAAACGGCGUUAAGUCCUUCGAAAAGCAAACUGGUGAGGCCUAAAAGUGCAACCCCACUGGGUCCCACGGCAAGCAAAACCACAGAGAGGAGGCAAAGACAGACGCUGUCCUUGAUGGAGUACCCACCUACAGCUGCCAGAGCACCUCAGAGAGCAAAGCAGGACAAACCCCCAGAAAACCAAUCCGGCCCACCAGUGUGUUCCGUCAAGCCAAAAAACCGAGUGGAGAUAAAGCCCAGUAAAUGCACGUGUCCUCAUGACCUGAGCGAUCAAGAGCAGAGCGCUGCAACAGGCGCCCUCAAGGAGAAAAUUAGUCUAGCUACCUCAUCCACAGCCGCCUUAACGGACAAACCGUACACCUCUCCACGGAUCAAGAGGAGCGUGCCCCCUAAACCCUCUCCGAUUGCCGGCAGAAGCGUGGCUACCUUCUGUCUGGGCGCCGCUCAGGUCAAGUCCCUCAAGCUCCAGUCUCGUAUUCCAGAGGCUAGACUGAGCUUCGCGGAUGAGAAUCUGAAGCCAGCGAAUGAAGGCCAGGAUCCUCCUCACCUGUCAGAAAUGGGCGAGAAGUCCUCCAAAUCCGUCACGUUCAUCGUGGAGGAGCGGGAGGUGAAAAGCCCUGAAUCUAAAGGGGACACGUCUACAACUCGAUGACUGGUGACUUUAAGUACCGUUCAAGCUCGAGAUGUCCGUGGUGACGUCACUCUGCUCUGAUCUCUAAACCUGGUAGUGUUUUAUUGGUUCUUAAUUUUGGAUUAUUUUUCCAGUUUAUUAAAUACAGAUAAGUGACCCAAGAACGGUGUGUCUCGGCGUCUAAACUCUUCAAAGUGAAGACCUGAGCUUUGGGCACCGCUGGGUUCUCCCAGCUUUCAAGCGUGUCAGUUGGUAUAAUAAUGGUGUAAUUACCCCAGUUUACCGCGGUGGAGGGGGGGCUUCUCAUGUCACUUACUUUUGAUUUUAUCAUGUGGUGAAGAUUUAUCCUGGAAAUUCUGUACUAUGCAACCACUCUGUGCAUUGUAUGACUGUGACAAGUGCAAUAAAGUACAUGAUUACAGAAGUAUGGAUCAGAGGAAGAAUUAAACUCUGCGUUAUUCUAAAAAUGACACAUGCCUUUGUUUUAUGAAAAGCAAAAUCAUAUUUUUGAAAAUAAGACUACUGUAUUUUCACAGAAUAAACAGACAAUGUGGGAUGGA